CUCGAUUCACCCCGUAUCACCCACUCCCAGGCCAGACCAUCAGCUCAGACAAACGGGCGAGGCAGAGGGCAGUGGCGGUGGUAGGGGGAUGCGUGUGCCAUGGCUAGAGGCAUACAAGGACACACUCUACGACGCCAUCAAGAACAAAGUCAAGGACUGUUGUGUGGACUUUGUGAGGAACCAACACAG